AGAACGCGUGGACGUGUUGUUGGUGUCAGGAGGACCAACCUGCUCUUUGUGCGCAGCCUGCGAGCAAGGUAGGAAAGGAAGGAAGGUGGCGUGGUAGGGAGCCGGUGUGCGGUGUGCUUUUUUCUCCUCCAACUCCUCGCUGCGGCGUUACCUCUCGGCAUGCUUCUGCCGGCUACGGGACCGCGAGGUGUCGCGUUGGAAUAACGGGACCGCACACACCAGAAGCCCCCCGGUGCUAUCGUGUUAAAGUAGAUGAUUAAAUGAACGGAUGACCCGCCAGCCGCUGACCUUGUUGAAUCGACGCGGGAGCGAGGCCAGCCGCAUGAACCUCAUUAGCCGGCCCGGACGAUAUCAAGCAGGGAGCAGUGAGAUUUGAUAAAAAGACGUUUGGCAAAGCAAAGAUGUGAAAAUCAAGCCGAGGAGGAUGCGAUUGCUUCUUUCCGAACAACUUGCGCAAUUGAAAAUGAUUCCGAGGCUAUUUUUAUCUUGGGCGGACUCGAGGUUCCCAGCCGAGUGACUGCCGGCGCGACAGCAUGACGCUUCCCAAACGCAUGAAUUUGAAGACGUUGGCGGUGCUGUUGUGCAUCGUGACCUUCACCACCUUCUUCUUCGGCUACACCUUGCAAGAGCCCUCCAGCUACUUCUUCAAGUACGCCUUCCACUCCUCCGCCAAGGCCCCGUGCGCCUGUCGACGGUGCCUGACCGAGGCGGAGGAUGACCCCUGGUUCACAGAGCGCUUCAACCAGUCCGUUCAGCCGCUCAUGACCAGGGACAACAGCGCGCUCUCGGAUGAAACCUUUAAAUGGUGGCAGUCGCUACAGUUGGAGAAGCGGCCGGCAAACUUCAGCGAGGUGGUGGAGGAGCUUUUUCAACUCAUUCCCGACGACAUGCUCUACGCAGAUGCCGGGCCCAACCGCUGUCGGACCUGCUCCGUGGUGGGGAACUCUGGGAACCUCAAGGGAUCCCAGUAUGGACGCCUCAUCGACUCGAGUCAUUUCAUUAUGAGAAUGAACCAAGCUCCCACGACGGGGUUCGAGGAAGACGUGGGUGCAAGGACGACGCAUCACUUCAUGUAUCCGGAAAGUGCCAAGGAUCUAGACAAUGCCACCAGUCUGGUGCUGAUCCCCUUCAAGACUUUGGACCUGCAGUGGAUCAUCAGCGCCCUGACCACAGGCGCCAUUAAAGACACUUACAUUCCUGUGAAGUCCAGGAUUAAGGCAAACAAGGAUAAGGUGUUGAUUUACAACCCGGCAUUUUUCAAGUACGUCGAUGAGUCUUGGCUGGAGGGGCACGGACGUUAUCCUUCCACCGGCUUCCUCAGCUUGCUGUUUGCUCUCCACAUAUGCGACCAGGUGAACGUGUUUGGAUUUGGCGCAGACCAGCGUGGGGACUGGCACCACUACUGGGAGGAAAACCUUCUGGCCGGCGCUUUCCGAUACACCGGAAUCCAUGAUGGAAAUUUUGAAUCUAACGUCACACAUCUUUUGGCAGACAAACACAAAAUCAGAAUGUUUGAAGGGAGAUGAUGGCACCGGGUACUCGUGUGCCAUGCGAUGAAUGUCUGUGAAAAGAGGAAAAUCUUUUUUUUCUAC